AUGGUGCAGGUUCUCACCCACAUGAAGGAGAAGCUCGAGUUUGUCGAGAAGCAGAACGCCGCCUCAAAGUCCGAGCUGGCGGCGCUCGAGGCGCAGCUUGGGGACCGCCGAGACCGCCUGACUGCGCUGAAGACCAAGCGCGACAGCAUGCGGGCCGCCGGGGCGCGGAUGCGCGACGCGUGCGUGUACGUGACCAGCCCGCUGCUGCUGGCGGACCUGGCGGCCCAGAAGGAGCACAGGGACGACCUGAUGGCAGAAAUAGAGGAGCUCAAACGCCAGACAGCGGCGGCAGAGGCGGCGCGUGUGGCAGGGAGCGGCCAAGACACCGGCAGGCGCAGCCAGCAGACGACGGCGGUGGCGGGAGGGGGCGGCACGAUGGGGCUGUCGUCGCGCAAAGCGUCGAUGGGGCUCCUGGGAUCAGGCAGGACAGCGUCGCUGGAUCUGCAUUUUGAGACCUAA